CUUACAGUACAUAUGCCCUAAUAUCAUCGGUGUUUUCUUCAAACACGUUAGAAGUUUAUUAAAAGCUCCCGCUUAUGUCAAUACCAUUACACGCACAAUUUAUUCUUGAGUGAGAUAUUUUUUUAGGAGACCAGACAUUUCAGGGGAGCUAUCAGCCUUUUGGAAGAAAGAUGAACAAGAGUUCGAAUGGUAGCCGUUGCUACCUUUGAUCCUGUCUGCUGUACCGGAUGAUUAGUUGGCAAAUUUGAUUUUAAAAUGCUUCUAUUUCUUUACUUUUUCUCAUUCUUGUCAAAAACUUAGCUACGGCACGCUCGGCCAAAAUUUCUAUUGAACAAUAGCCACAAAAUAGCUUGAAAAGCUUCAUCAACUGAACAAUUUUUAUUAUUGAUUCUAGUCCAUAUGUGUUUACACGACCUAGGAAGACACGCUUCAAGUUUGGCUUUUCGUGUUCUUUGAUCUAUAGUGAUGAACUCAAUUUGAUAACACCAGAGAGCCACAGAGUAAACCUUGUGAUAAGCGCCAACUUAAUUUGUAUGGCAGUAGUUCGGAGGUGUUCUCAGUCGUCUAUAGACUACCGCCACUCAUGUCUUUGUAGUUGUAGAGCUGUGAAUCUCUAUCCACCAGUUGGAUUUGGAGAGAGAAGUAACCGCUACUUAGCUUGCUUUUUGUUGCUGCAAUUCGUAUUUAGAUUUUGUCGCAAAGGUAAGCUGUCUUCCUAUGACCUCUUUUUUUUCAGUUAGGGAUUUCUUUAUGGAGUUAGAGAUUUCUUUUUAUUUUAUUAUUCCUUUUUAUUUAUCACAUUUUUGGUCUCUGAUUUUUCUUUUUUUUUUUCAAUCGAACUCAGCCUAUCGCUUCUUUACACUUUUUGUUCUCAAAUUUACUAUUCUCUAUAUUUGUUAUUUUAUAUAUUUUAUUUAAACAGGCUUAGUCACUAAUCUAAUAAUAUGGCCAUCAGAGGGGGCGAGAAUUAGAGGAUUGCUGGCGCGCUCCCAGACGAGGACGUCGAGUCGAAAAGAUGUCGAGGCUAAGUAUGACGUCCAAUACAGCUACAGGGAUAAAUCUAACAAGGGUGGAAAAUGGAUUAAACGGCACAGCAACGUCUCCCGUCAUGAAUAUCGAGCUCUUCAGGAUUAUAAAACUGGUUCUGUACGCUGCUAUUUUUCUUAUCAGUGCUGUUGGUAAUACAAUGGUCUGCGCGAUCAUUGUACGACGCAAGAAAAUGAAGACCGUCACGAAUUACUUCAUUCUAAACCUUGCGGUGGCCGACCUGGCGUUGACUUGUAUUUGUAUUCCGUUCGAUAUCCCUGUUCAGGAGAUGGGCUACAUCUGGCCUUACGGUGCCGUCAUGUGCAAGGUCUUGUACCCACUACAAACUCUAACUCUCUUCGCGUCUGUUUAUACGCUCACCGCGGUUGGAUUGACACGGUACUGGGCGAUUGUUCACCCGAUGAAGAGACAACUAAGCAUCACGCAGUCAAAGUUGGUUAUCGCUUUUAUUUGGCUGGGUUCUGUUGUACCCGUUUUUCCGUACGCGAACUCGCUGAAAUUUACCCGAGCGACGCACACCUGUGAAGAGUAUUGGAGCAGCAAAAAAGUGCGGGAAAUCUUCACCGCUGUGAUUUUCGUAUUUCAAUACGUUCUUCCAUUGGGAGUUAUUGGCACUGCCUACGCUGCCAUUGGUCGAGAGCUUCGUCGCCGCAAAGCAACAAAGUCUGGAAACCACAAGUUACGCCAUUUACAGGCACAGGAAGCCCGCAAGGUGGUUAACAUGCUUUCUGUUGUGACAAUGGUCUUUGCUAUCUGUGUUUUACCAAAUAACAUCAUGUGGCUCUGGUUAGAUUUUGGUGACGCCGAUCAAAAGGUUGAGUAUUUUUGGGAGAUAGUUGCGUUCUGUAACGUCGUGACGUUUGCGAAUAGCGCCGCUAAUCCGGUCUGCUAUACAGCGUUGAAUGAGACGUACAGAAGAGAGUUCAAGCGAGUUGUGUAUACAAUAUUUGGGCACGCCCACUUGAGGUUAAUCUUACGAAGUAUAAGCUCCAGGACUACUUCUUUCUUCACGACAUCGACAAAAUCGAACAUCGCGAAUUUCUGGAAGGAUGACUGUCUUGAUGAUUCCCCGGUAGACGCCGCCAACAGACAGAGAUGUCUAGAGGCGGUCAACGGGUAUACACCUACACAAGUGUAACAUAGAGAGCAUGCACAUGGGGGUUAUAGAUUAUAGUAAAACCAAAUCAGCAUUAUUCUAAGGCUAUUAUGGUUACAGUUCAGUGGCCGACCUAGGGGGUGGGAGGUCCCUGCAAGUUUACGGGAGAUUCCGUGCCUGUUUACCUGAAGAUUCGUAACCAGACACCAUUAAAUGGCCAAAAUGCACGAGAAAAUUAUUGUAGCGGACUUCCAUAUAUGGUAUGCAAUCUCCUAAUAAGGCAAGAACCGGGGUGAAAAAAACUAAUGGCAACUUUUAAAACACAUAUGUUGAUAAAUUUUAUAUAUUGGUGCAUACCCCGCAAUUGAGUCCGUGCCCCUCCCCACCCCCGCCCCUAAAGACUAUCAUUUCUGCGAUACAUUCCAGAAAUCCAAUUUCGCCAAUUUUUGCUUUAUACAUAGCAAAUCCCAUUUUCUACAGUUGAUACAAUCUUGCAAAGAACUUCAGGACACUCUCUCACUCUCGGUAAACAUUUGUACAGAAAAGGGCUGUGAGCAGAAUAAAAAAAAUGUCAUGAUAUGUAACCCCUUACGAUAAAUCAGAAUUUGUUUGAUACACUAGCGAUAGUUUGCAUUCGUACAAACUGCACAAGGAUUUACUGCUAACAAUAUUGGCUGUUUGCAUAUUAGGAAAUGCUGAGAAGUUGUUAUGGUCAGUCGAACGAGGAAGUCCACAAAGAGAGAAUAACAAUGAAUUACUUGAUGAUCUCGAAAUAGAAAUACUUUAUUUUUCAACAAAAGGUGACGUCAUUGUAUAAGGUGACUUUAAUGCGCGACAUGAAGCUUUGCAGGAAUAUGUAUUAAACGAUGAUAACAGCUAAAACUUCUUCGAACUUCCAGAAGAUUUAUAAGACAGAUACAACAAAUCGCAGAAAUUCUCAAGACGUAAUCACGACAGAUAGCUGAGGGAAAAAUCUUAUAGAGCUUUGUACGGCUUUCAAUCUCAGAAUUCUGAACGGAAGAUCAGUUGGGGAUCUCGAGGGAAGAAAAACAUGUUUCAAAUAUAACGGAAGUAGCGUUGUAGAUUAUGUGAUUGCUUCAAAUAACAUCAUGAAUAGCAUUAACUAUUUUAUUGUCAAACCUCUGGAGCCACAUCCAACUGAUCAUUGCUCUCUAUCUUAUGCUUUAUCUGUCCGGAGCCCAUCAAAGGGUGCAUAGGCAGAGAGGACAGACCAAAAUGAAGGAUUAACAGAAUUUAAAAGACUUAUCUGGAAGGACGGAAUACAGGAGAAAUUGAAAGAGAUUUUAGUUUCUAAUAAUAUGCAACAAAAACUAAGCGACGCACUUAAAAACCAUAGCACAGAGACAAUGACCGCUCAAUUUACGCAAGCGCUUAGAGAGGCAUGCGAGGCGGCGGGCACGAAGUAUCAAAACACAAAAACGGUAAACAAUCAGAACAGCAAACCAUGGUUUGACGAGGAAUGUAAAAUAGAAAAGGAAAACAUUCGCUCGCUUGGAUACCGAAUCUCGAAAGAACCAAACAAUCAUUCUUUAAGAGAUGCUCUGAAUCGGGAAAGGAGAAUCUUUAAAAAAACGUGCAAAAGAAAAAAAGAAAAUCAUUACGCGAACAUAAUCAAUAAUAUCGACUUUAGAAAUUCUAAGUCUUUAUGGAGACAGUUGAAAAAAUGUUUCCACAUCGGUAAGUCAACAAAAGCGUCCCCAAUUGAGACUGAAAAUGCGGGAAAAUUUUUUCAGCACUUCAAAAAUUUGAAUGCAACAAAUGGAGCACAGCCCAAGCAAAACGGACGAAUAGAUCAUGGGAACUAUCGGGAGGGGCCCCUGGACUACAGAAUAAGCGAGGAAGAAAUUAUAAAA